GCGCAGCGGCGGCAGCGGAGGGAGCGCGGCCCGGAGCGGCAUCGGCCGGGCCCGGCCGCAGUCCAUAAUGAUGAAUGGGUCCGAGCUCGGCAGCCCGACGGGAUCCAGCCCCAAAUCCAAAGAGGAGCAGGUAGUGAACGGCCACGAUGAGAAGGAGAACAACCCCUUUGCAGAGUACAUGUGGAUGGAGAACGAAGAAGACUUCAACAGGCAGGUGGAGGAGGAGCUGCAGGAGCAGGAGUUCCUGGACCGCUGCUUCCAGGAGAUGCUGGAGGAGGAGGACCAGGACUGGUUCAUCCCAUCGCGGGACCUGCCCCAGGGCAUGGGGCAGCUGCAGCAGCAGCUCAACGGGCUCUCGGUGUGCGAUGGCCACAGUUCAGAGGACAUCCUGAGCAAAAGCAACUUGAAUCCAGAUGCCAAGGAGUUUGUGCCUGGCGUGAAGUACUGAGCACCCCGGCAGGCUCUGGAAGGACUGUAUCCCUGCUUUGGGAAUGUGAUGGGGAUGGAGGGAGCGGAGCAGCCCCCAGCUGGACUCUGCACUGCGCGGAGCCGCUGCCACGUGGUGAAUCUUCCUCUAUGCUUCAGGUCCCUUCUUUCCCCCCUCCAGUUUUCUUUUU